GCGUUCGGGGUGUGACCCAGUAUGUCUGCGAGGCUUUCUGGGGUUCAGCGGGAAGUCAAUAAGCUCUACCGCCUUCUGCUUCGGGCGGCACGGGUGAAAGAUGGCGGAGAAUGGGCGGGCAGCACGACCGAGCUCGUCAGGGCAGAGUUCCGUGCACAGGCGGAGUCCGUCGCGCGAACUGACUUCCGCACCAUCGAGCACCUCCUGCGCGCCGGAAACAAGAAACUCAAGCUCUUGAAAAUGCCCGGCGUCAAGGCAGCGGCGGGCAUCACCGUGGUGCGCCGAUGACACGCGGUAGCCCCCGCCCCCCGUGCCUCCGGCCGCGUCAGCCCACAACAUCCCGCUGGCGGUGCCGAUGGUAGACGCGCUCUCCAUCAGGCGCAAGGUAGGUUAGCGUGGACAGCGUGGGCGGGGGGGUACUGGCUGGUUGCGGAGGUUGGGGCGUCGAAGGACGGGGAAUUUGGUGCGGGUGAGGAAGCACGCCGGAUGGAGCCAGCUCUGCAGGAGGGCGUGCCGCGAGUGUGUGCGAUCCUUCACGAGCGACGACGUUCACCGGUUGCAACGCGAGGUUUUCGCGUGGGGACGAUGGAGCUGCGGGCUGCGACACACCACCGCCGCCUGUGGUAGCGUGGGGGAGGAAUGGGAUCAGGAUAAGCCUGCUCUUCGAAAUCCGCCUGACGUAGAAGCGUCUGCUUGCUGCCACUCACCUUGCAAUGUUGUGUUUGGUUCCAGAUGCUAUGCGUGCACGGAGAAGAUGUCGGGUGUACAGGGUAGACUUGGACUAUCCAGCCAGCGAUUUGGGAUGAUAGUGUGCCGCCACUGUUGCUGGCGGUGUGUGCCUCGAAAAGUGCUUCUAACUGUUAUUCCCGUGUGAGGACACACACCGUCCGUGCUUAUUUUCACGUCACACAGCAGGCUGA